GUCACCGCAUAGGACGUUUACAGAGCAAAAUGUCUCUCUUGCUUGAGAUCCCCUUGUUUAUAUUGAUUAUCCUUUAUUCCUACGUGGAGGCUUUUGUUAAGCUUUUUGUGCCUGUGAAGAGAAAGUCUGUGACUGGAGAAAUUGUCCUGGUCACUGGAGCUGGCCACGGACUUGGGAGAGCCACAGCUUAUGAAUUUGCAAGGCAUCACUGCAAAUUAGUUCUCUGGGAUAUCAAUAAGCAAGGCAUUGAAAAAACAGCUGAAGAAUGCAGAAAAUUGGGAGCAAUGGCUCACGCCUUCGUGGUAGACUGCAGCAAGAAGGAGGAAAUCUAUUGCACUGCAGAUAAGGUGAAAGAAGACAUUGGAGAUGUAUCUAUCUUGGUGAACAAUGCAGGAGUGAUAAUUCCUACUGAUCUGCUGUCAACUGAGGACCAUGAGAUUCAGAAGAUGUUUGAAGUCAACGUACUUGCUCACUACUGGACUUCAAAAGCAUUCCUGCCAACCAUGAUGAGGAACAACCACGGCCAUAUUGUCACCGUUGCAUCUGCUGGUGGUCACAUAGUGGCUCCUUUUGCUGUGACUUACUGCUCAAGCAAAUUUGCUGCUGUGGGCUUUCACAGAGCUUUGACGCAGGAAUUGAUUGCGUUGAAAAAGAAUGGAGUCCAGACGUCAUGCGUCUGUCCUAUGUUUAUCAAUAGUGGCUUCGUAAAAAAUCCAUCUGCAAGACUGAUGCCCCCUUUGGAGCCAAAAGAAGUAGCAAAGCAAGUAAUGGAGGGGAUACUGGCCAAUCAGAGAAUGAUUUUUGUUCCACCAUUUCUGAAAGUCUGUGUAAUCCUGGAUAAGUUUCUUCCGGCUCGUGCAGUUGCCGCUUUGUGGAGGCUAAAUGAUCUUAAAUUUGAUGCCGAUGUUGGGUACAAGGAUAAAGAAAAAUAAGGGAGUUGAUCAUUCCAUCUGACUACAUUCCACUUUUUAUCUCGCGGAUGAUUUUAUUUGGGCUGUAUGACAUUACUCCAUUGUGAACCAAUUGUUUUCUAUGGACCUAGAUUUGAAUAACUUCAGAAGGCUGCAUUGCUUGACACUUGGACCAUAUCAGGAAUAACUGCAAAUUAAUCCCAUGAAUGCUAAUAAAAAAGGGAACUGCAUCUAUAGGUGAUUUUUCUUUUGUCUUUGCUUCUUUGAACCAAAGGCUACACUACAGCGUGGAUUAUUUUAGUGUAAUUCUUUUACUUUCAGCUAUUAGCUUGCUAUUGCUAGCUUUGUUUCAGCUGACCUUAUGUACCUACUGCAGAUGCAGUUUUGUUUGUUGA